UAACUUUGUGAAGAGUGUGUGACAUCGUCAAGGAUUGGUUUCCAUUCCAUUUUAAUAAAACUAGCUGGUUCAUUUGUUACGGAAAAAAACAGGACUCGUUUAAAAAAAAGUCUGUUCGUUUGGGAAUAUGCCGAAGAAUAAAGGUAAGGGAGGAAAGAAUCGGCGACGUGGUAAGAACGAGAAUGAAUCAGAAAAGAGAGAGCUGGUAUUUAAAGAGGAUGGCCAAGAAUAUGCACAGGUGAUUAAGAUGUUGGGUAAUGGACGACUGGAAGCUAUGUGUUUUGAUGGAGUCAAGCGACUAUGCCACAUCCGAGGAAAGCUACGGAAAAAGGUUUGGAUCAAUACUUCAGACAUCAUCCUUGUGGGACUUCGAGAUUACCAGGACCAAAAAGCCGAUGUUAUCCUUAAGUACAAUGCAGACGAGGCCAGGAGUUUGAAGGCCUAUGGGGAGCUUCCUGAACAUGCUAAAAUCAAUGAGACUGACACAUUUGGACCUGGCGACGAUGAGGAUAUUCAGUUUGAUGACAUUGGAGAUGACGACGAGGACAUUGAUGAUAUCUGAAUCAGAACUAUUGUGUGCCAAGUCGUUUAUGCAGAGGAAAGUGGACAUUUCUAUACUGGCAGAGGCAGUGCAACCUUGCCAACAACUCCCUGCUUCCUCAAGUCUGAGGCAGCUCAUUUCCCUUCUCUUGAGACUGCUUUAAGCCUGGAAUCUGUCACUGAAAACAUCAGCACACCUACUUUAGUUCACACACUUCAUCUUUUUGUUAGUUGUAAUGCAUUUUUAUUCCAUCAUGUGGAAUUUACCCUCAAACUACAGAACACCAGAGUUUACAAUAAAAACUUGAAUCAUUUUA